AUGGACCGAUCUUGGAUUACAGCACCUCGCAUAAGCGAAGCUUAUCAACAUGGAGUUGAAGAGUUUUUGUCAUUUGCCGAAAUACAUUCAGCAACCACAGAUGGCAACUUUUUCUGCCCUUGUGUUAAAUGUGUCAACGGGAGGCGUCAUUCGUUGGAUGACAUUAGAUCGCAUCUGAUAUGUGAUGGCUUUAGCCCGACGUACACAAAGUGGAUAUGGCAUGGUGAGUUGGUUGGUCAUACAGCAACAUGUCCACCUCAUCCGGUUGAUCUACAAAGCGGAGAUCUCAUGGAAGACAUGAUACGUGAUCUUGGGCAAGAGGGCUUUCGGGAAUGUCAUGCAGAUAUUUACGAUGCUCUUCAAACAGAUGCGCAUACGCCAUUGUAUGUUGGAUGCAAAAGCUUUACUAGGUUAUCAGCUGUGCUAGCUUUGGUUAACCUAAAGGCUCGAUUCGGGUGGAGUGACAAAAGCUUCACAGAGUUGGUUUUGUUAUUGAAAAAUAUGUUUCCUGAACAUAACAGCUUACCGAAGAGUCACUACGAGGCGAAAAAGAUAUUAUGUCCCGUAGGCUUGGAGUACCAAAGAAUCCAUGCAUGUCCGAAUGAUUGCCUUCUCUACAGAAAUGAGUUUCUGGAUAUGCGAUUCUGCCCCACUUGCGGACUUUCACGGUACAAGGCCAACGAUGGGGAAGGUACUGAAGGUUCAACCACCGCUAGUAGUCGUCCAGCAAAGGUUUGUUGGUAUUUGCCAAUAAUACCUAGGUUGAAGCGGUUGUUUGCGAGUGUACAAGAUUCUAAAUACUUAAGGUGGCAUAUAGAUGAAAGAAGAAUGGAUGGUAUGAUCAGGCACCCCGCUGAUUGUACACAAUGGAAGACAUUUGACUCCUUGUAUCCAUCUUUUGCACAAGAGCCUAGAAACCUAAGGCUUGCGCUUGCCUCAGAUGGAAUGAAUCCCUUUGGUAACUUGACCACCAAUCAUAGUUCGUGGCCGGUAUUAUUAAUGAUUUACAACUUUCCUCCAUGGUUGUCCAUGAAGCGCAAAUAUAUGUUGCUCUCUAUGAUGAUAGCUGGUCCAAAACAACCCGGAAAUGAUAUUGACGUGUACUUGGCUCCUUUGAUAGAAGACUUGACCAAACUGUGGGUUGAUGGGGUUGAAGUGUAUGAUGCAAAUGCUAAACAGUCAUUCAACUUGCGUGCAAUGCUCUUCUGUACGAUUAACGAUUUUCCCGCUUAUGGUAAUUUGAGCGGAUACAGUGUCAAAGGACACCAUGCAUGUCCUAUUUGUGAAAAAAAUACUUGUUACAUCCAACUAACCCAUGGGAAGAAGACAAUGUAUACAAGGCACAGAAGAUUUUUAAGCCGAAAUCACCCAUAUCGGCGUUUGAAGAAGGCGUUUAAUGGAGAUAAUGAGGUUGAAAUAGCGCCUGAACCAUUAUCUGCUCAUGAUGUUUACCAAAGGGUCAGAGACAUAGAAACUACCUUUGGUAAGACACAAAAAAAGGACAUGUCUGCGAAGAACAUUUGGAAAAAAAGGUCAAUAUUCUUCGAUCUCCCAUAUUGGUGCAAUCUGGAUGUUCGGCAUUGUUUGGACGUUAUGCAUGUGGAGAAGAAUGUGUGUGAUAGUUUGAUUGGCACCCUCCUUAACAUUAAGGGGAAGACAAAGGAUGGUGUAAAAUCUCGACAGGAUCUGGUUGAGUUGGGUAUACGGGAGCAACUACAUCCAGUUUUACGAGGUGCUAGGACAUAUUUGCCCCCAGCAUGUUACACAAUGUCCACAGCUGAGAAAAAAAGUUUUUGUCAAUGUCUAGCAAAUGUCAAAGUUCCUCAAGGAUACUCUUCAAAUAUGAAGAGGCUUGUGUCAAUUAAGGAAUUGAAAUUGAUUGGCCUGAAAUCCCAUGAUUGCCACGUACUAAUGCAACAACUUUUACCAGUGGCCAUUCGUGGAAUCUUGCCUGAAAAAGUUCGUAAUACCAUCACUCGCUUGUGUUUUUUCUUUAAUGCUAUAUGCAGCAAGGUUAUUGACCCAUCGCAGUUGGAUAUUUUGGAGAAUGAAGCUGCCAUUAUUGUCUGUGAAUUGGAGAUGUAUUUCCCCCCCUCAUUCUUUGACAUAAUGAUCCAUUUAAUUGUUCAUCUGGUUCGUGAGGUUAGGUUGUGUGGCCCGGUUUAUUUACGAUGGAUGUAUCCGGUUGAAAGGUUCAUGAAGGUGCUGAAAGGAUACACAAAGAACCAAUAUCGUCCAGAAGCAAGCAUAGUUGAAAGAUAUGUUGCUGAAGAAGCAAUAGAGUUUUCAUCAAAUUAUAUAACUAACGCACAACCAGUCGGUGUUCCUCAAAAUCGGCAUCAACCCUCGAGUCAAGGUAGGGGAACUCGAGGAUUUGAUGUUGUCACCAUGAAUUUGCAAAGGCUGUCCCAAGCGCAUUUAUAUGUGUUAAACAACACAGCAGAGGUGAUGUCGUACUUACAUUCUCACAAAAACCAAUUGUCAGCUAAAAACCCAAGAAUGAACAAGAUGAGGUUGUUGCAGGAACAUAAUAGAACUUUUGUCAACUGGUUCAGGCAGUGCAUUUUUUCCGAUGCCACAGCUUCCGAAACCCUCCGACUAUUAGCCCUUGGCCCAAAUCUGAAUGUGCCCACCUGGCAGGGAUAUGAUAUCAAUGGCUAUGCUUUCUACACAAAGUCACAGGAUGAAAGAAGUACCAUGCAGAACAGCGGGGUUAGUGUUGAGGGUGAGGCAGCUCACUUUAGUAGUGUUUCUGAUAACAAUCCCAUUAACGCGUCAAUGCCGUACUACGGAGUCAUUGAAGAUAUAUGGGAGCUGGAUUACGGUCAAUUUAGAGUUCCUGUGUUUAGUUGUCGAUGGGUUCAUGCGAAUACAGGGGUCCGCAAAGACAAAAUGGGCUUUACCUUAGUUGACCUAAAAAAAGGUGGUUACAAUGAUGAGCCAUUUAUAAUGGCAGUGCAGGCCAGGCAAGUUUUUUAUGUUGAAGAUCCGUCUGACCCUACUUGGUCCGUGGUUAUACAAGGCAGAAAAUUUGAUAUGAUCGACUAUAGUCAUUAUCCACCCUUUGAUGUGACUGAUAUGCCACCUGUCAAUGACCAAAUACCUGUGAUUGAGGCCACCGAGGAAGAUGAUGUUGAACAUGCAAUGAGACAUGACCAUCAUGAAGGGCUAUGGGAAAAUAACGACACCUAA